CGAGCUGAAGGCCGAUGGCGGCUGCGGCGGCUCUUCAUCUUUGGCGGCAGAGGCGCUGAAGCUGGGCCGUGGCUCGGACGCGUCCGGCGGUGGGCGUAGAGCGGCGGCCGCUCCCAACAUGCACAGUCUGGCGACCGCUGCGCCUGUGCCUACUGCACUGGCUCAAGUGGACAGAGAAAAGAUCUAUCAGUGGAUCAACGAGCUGUCCAGUCCUGAGACAAGGGAAAAUGCUUUGCUGGAGCUAAGUAAGAAGCGAGAAUCUGUUCCUGACCUUGCACCCAUGCUAUGGCAUUCGUUUGGUACUAUUGCAGCACUUUUACAGGAAAUUGUAAAUAUUUACCCAUCUAUCAACCCACCCACCUUGACAGCACACCAAUCUAACAGAGUUUGCAAUGCUCUGGCAUUACUGCAGUGUGUGGCAUCACACCCAGAAACCAGGUCAGCAUUCCUUGCAGCACACAUCCCACUUUUUUUGUACCCCUUUUUGCACACUGUCAGCAAAACGCGACCCUUUGAAUAUCUUCGGCUAACCAGUCUUGGAGUUAUUGGAAGGGAGGCCAAGAUCUUGACAGAAGCACAAAGGAAAUUGAAGAUGCUGUGUUUGCCUCCUGGAGCAGAAUUGCAGCCAGGACUGGGAAGAUGGAGACAGUAUCACCACAAGAGGCCUCUGAUGUCAGGUGGGGCUCUGGUGAAAACAGAUGAGCAGGAAGUAAUCAACUUUUUAUUGACAACAGAAAUUAUCCCUUUGUGUUUGCGCAUUAUGGAAUCUGGAAGUGAACUUUCUAAAACAGUUGCCACAUUCAUCCUUCAGAAGAUCCUCUUAGAUGACACUGGUUUGGCUUAUAUAUGUCAGACAUAUGAACGUUUCUCCCAUGUUGCUAUGAUCUUGGGUAAGAUGGUCCUGCAGCUAUCCAAAGAGCCUUCCGCCCGUCUGCUGAAGCAUGUAGUGAGAUGUUAUCUUCGACUCUCAGAUAAUCCCAGGGCACGUGAAGCACUGAGGCAGUGCCUCCCCGACCAACUGAAGGACACAACCUUUGCCCAGGUGCUAAAAGAUGACACCACCACGAAACGCUGGCUUGCACAACUGGUGAAGAACCUGCAAGAGGGCCAGGUCACCGAUCCCCGGGGUAUCCCCCUGCCCCCUCAGUGAUCCUCUCCUGUCCCCUCCCUCUACUCCCACAGUUGGGGAAGGGAGAGGGAACCUUCGAGGAAAACAGCUCAGGUUUUAUUGCCGACCAGGAAUAGACAACCUCAAUGCUGAACUGCACUGGAGAAAAGAGGCAAGGUACCUCAGCUGAGGUGUAUGAGCUGCCAUCUCAGGAUGCCUGACGACCUGGGCUCCCUCUGCUACUCCCAGAAAAUGGGCUCCUGACUCAGCAGUCUGCUACCACAGCCCCAGGAGGGUGUCAACACCAGCAAAUGCUGUCUUUGCAGCAUGCCCAAGAUGACCCUUCUCCCCCACCUCUACCUAGCCACUGGCAGGGAGAGGAGACAAUGGUGAUAGCAGCAGCACUCUAGGCAUGGUGAACACCUGGGACCAAGCCAUGUGGCAUUUUUUUUAUUUUGCCUUCCUGGAAGACUCAAGAUGUGUCUCUUUAUUCUCUCUCUCAGUAUUUGUUUACUUUGGUGUUUUUUGUUUUUAAAUCUCAGAAGAGGUGUGUUUAGUGGACACAAGCUGUAGUACUCAGCAAAACUUUGUCAAUUGGCAGUGUUUACAAGUUUGUUAGCUGCAUAAGCUCAAUAAAAAGUUGGUCUGGGCAUAACAUCCCCUCUAGCAGACCAAUAGCUGCAUGAACUGUUGGGAGGAAUGGGAGACAGGGGAAAGGGAUAAUGCCAAAGGACAGCAGGAACCCACCGCCUAUUUCCCUUUCCUUUCCCUUCCCAGUCUUCUACCUUCAGUUCUGGAUGCCAUGAGGACCUUAACCUUGUUUUUGGCUUCAGCUGCUAGCUUUUCCAAAUCUCAGUGCUUUUCCCCUUAUUCAUUUUCCUCCCAAUUAAACUCAAAACAGAUGUCUUAAUUCAUCAGGCUGUCCUGGAAGGAUAUAUUGAGGGAAGAGAGAUGGUGGUGGAUCUCACCUUCAAUACAAGUCCUCAAGAUCUUUUCUGGAAGACUUAAAAGGGAGUUGCCUGGGAUUAAGAUGAUAGGCUACUUGGUCCCAUUCUUUUUUUAGUGUGAAUUUCUGCAGCUCCAUAUGUCUUCAGGAUUGUACUUGAAGCAGUGUUAGCUGAAUUGAGUUAAUUUUCUUCAAAUUUAAGAUAGAGGGCUGAGUCCACUAUCUUAGUCCACUCAGUCUUUUUUUCCUUUUUCUUUUUUCCCCCCCACGCAUUCCCAUUUGAUCUAUGGGAAUGACAGGGUUGCCACUAAAAUAUGUUUCACUCUUCAUAUUGUGUUAGAGAACCCCCCCUUCCUUCUCUGGAGCUUUAGGUGACUACUCAAAAUCCAGUGUAAACUGCCUUGCUUUGCCCCAGUCUUUCCUCCUACCAACACCUGCUCUCUUAAUCCCAUCCCCAAUAAUAGAUGAGAUUGUUAAUCCAACUCUAGGGAGAGACCAAGUAUUUUCUGUUCACAUCUCACACAAUUGAAGGUGUCUCUGAACAAAUUUGGGGAGGGUCCAUGAGGGGCAAGCUGAGAGAAAUCUUUGUAGAGGCAGUUUUGCCAACACAAGGGCUCUUUCAAGCCGACUUUCACAAAGGGAGUUGGCCUUGUUAGUUGGCUUCUGUCUCUUUAGAGCCAUGAAAGUUGUUAUUAAGUAGUCUAGAUGUAGGAAGGGUAGGAUAAGCACUUACUCUCCUGCCUUUCAAACUGAAGAGGAGAACCAAGCCAGCUCUCUGUAAUCUCAAGCCUGAAGAGAAGAGGUAUUGGAGGAACAGAGAAAGAGCAUGGACUAGAUAGACAUCUUGACUCCCUUCAGCCCAUAGUUUGUAUCUGGAGAAUCCAGUUAGGGUAACCCUAAUUUUUGCCAACCACCUUCCUGCUGAGCCAAAGUUUUCUCAUUCCCCCUCCACUGGGGAAGCAGCUGAGGCCCAGGGCCUUAGUCCCUGGGAAAGUCUCUUCUCUCUCCAUCUUUUGGUGCAUUGGCCAUAUUACUGUGCCAAUAGUGUCUUAAUUCUUGUUCCAUCUAUUCUCAGCUGGCCUUGGACCCCACAUAGGAGUUGCAGGGGAGGGAUGGAAAUGGGUAUUAUUCCUGUAGUUGAUCCUGAUGUCGUGUGUGUAUAACGAGACUCCUCCCCUCAUUUUGUGUUUUUCAUCCCUCGCAUUCCCUCAACAGGAUUGAAAUAAAACAUGCUUCU